CCUUUCUCUUCCCUUGAUUUUUCUUUGUGAACGAAGCCCUUGAUACCCCACGACCUGUCGACGCCCUAUAUCCGAAUACCUAUAAAAAUCAAAGACGUAAUCGACAGCUACCAUGUUCAACUGGGCCAAGCAACAACUCGCCAACGUGGCCGGCACCCAGGAGCCCAUCUACGGCCCUUCUGCGAUUCGAUCCGUCGCCGAACAAGCCAAGGACACUCCUUACUCCGAACUCACCAAAGAUGACCUCAAGUGGAAGCAGAUGGAGUGGACCAGCGUCGAGACCCAGUCCUUCUACUUCUUUGCUGAGGAUGGCCGUGUAGCCAUUGCUCAGGUCAUCUACAGCAGCGUUGCCGGCCUGCACACCACCUGCCAGUUCACCUGCAAGGUUUUUGCCAAGGAGCAAGGCAAGCCUCACCUCUGGUCAUCCUCGCCUCUCAGCAACGUCAAGAUUAGCGACGACCACCUCUCCUUCUCGGCCGAUAACUGCUCCGUCAAGCUCUCCGAAGACGGAAACUCCUACACCAUCAGCAGCAAGACCGACCAAAAGGCCAUUGUCGACCUCAAGAUCACAAAGACCGCUCCUGGUUUCCAAGCAGGCAAGGACGGAACCAGCGACUUCGGCACCGACGCUCAGAACCCAUGGGGAUGGAUGCGCCACGCAUUCUGGCCCCGUUGUACCGCUGAGGGUACCAUUCUGAGCUCCGAAGGCCCUAUUGAUUUCAAGGGCCGCGCAUUCUACGUCUACUGUCUACAGGGCAUGAAGCCUCACCACGCUGCUGCCCGCUGGAACUUUGUCGACUUCCAGGGUGAAAACUACUCCGCAUCGAUGAUGGAAUUCACCACGCCUCCUUCGUACGGAUCCACCGUUGUCAACGUUGGCAGUAUCAGCAAGGAUGGUGAAAUCGUCGGCGCUGGCUGCGAUGGCACUGCCGCCCACGUUUCCACCAACAAGGACGCUGAGUCGGAGUGGCCUGCUCCCAAGGAAGUCAAGUACGUCUGGAACAUCAAGGACAAGGAUGGCAAGAGUGUCGAUGCUGUUCUCGAGGCUGAUGUUGGCGCUCACCUCGACCGCGUCGAUGUCAUGGCUGAAGUCCCCGGAUUUGUCAAGACCAUCGUUGCCAAUGCUGCUGGCACAAAGCCUUACGUCUUCCAGUACGGCACCAAGGCUACUCUGAAGCUCAAAGUUGGUGGUGAAGAGAUUACCGAAGAGGGCCAGCUCUUCUGUGAAGCCACCUUCCUCUCCGACUUGCCUUCGCAAUAAAUUUGUUGCUCUUUAAUACUGCAUAGAAGUUCACCAAAAAAAAAACCACAUACCAAAAAAUACACAGGCCGGGUUGCAUUGGAUAUAUAAUGGCGCCGAGCAAAUGGUGCUUGCUGCAAAGAGUCUGGUUGGCUCACUCGUUUACAUGAUACACAGGCAGCACAUGAUGACCUAUGGGCUAAUACGCGCUGUAGGAUAAUAACCUUUCCGUUUAUAUAACGAUUAAUCAUUAGUUUCAAUAAUCAUAUGUGUUGGAAUAUCUCGUGUUAUUAUGAGUGUUGGCUGUCUCUCGUAUACCAAACUUUAGAUAUUAAUGUCUAUUUUCAUCUCUAUCAAAAGGCACAGAAUAGUCUAUCAUUACCAGAGGCGUGUGUGGUGUGUAUUAUACAAAAUAGUGGUUUGGGGAUUACCAUGCUUAAAUCAGUUGUCCUUUUUGUCCUUGGUUUCCGUCUCCGUUCCCUUUACGCCUUUUGCUUCCCUUUCCUUCUUUUGUGCCGUCUCAACCUGCCAGAUGGCGCGAUCCAAUUCCGUCUCGAGAUCAGGUAGGGCCAACGUUUCCGAAAACUCCUUUAUCUUGCUAUGUGUAAAUAACGGCGUCUCGAGCCCCUCUUCUUCGGAUUUGGGGCGACCGGUAUAGAGUUCAUCCAACUUCGCCGACGGCGACGACGUCAGGAGCUUGUUCUCGAGGAGCCACUGGACGUGUUUGCCACCGGCAACCGCUUUCCAGUGUGACCAGGCGCGGUAGAGAAGAUAGAAGAGAGGAAUGUUCGGGAUGCUACAGACACAGAGUUAGCUUGGAGACGGGACACGCGGCGCAUAAAGAGGCACUUACACUGGGAUGAGGGCAAAGGGUAUUGUGAAUGGCGCGGCAAUCAAGGACCACGUCAUGCGCUGGCGAUGGUACGCCUGUCUCUCUGUCGCAAGCUUCUUUGCCAGCGCCUCUGCAUCCUUUUCGGCAAUGACUGUGCUCGGGAAGACCAAGUCGACCUUACCUCCCUCCUUGAGCUCCUCUUGGCGGCGGCGCAUCGACAGCGGCGGGAUAGACUUGAGGCCCCAUUCCUCAAACGGAAUACGGCGAAACGCCUGAUUACCAUAGACCACCAGCUUCUUCUGCCAUCCUGAUUCCUUUUUCUCAAACGACGCCCACAUGGUUGCGGCUCUUACGGCAACCUUGUCGACCAGGCCGGCCUUGCCUUCCGAGGUUGUCACGCCGAGGCGUUGCGCGUAGAGCAUUGUCCGCCGCGUGGACACGGGAAUCAGAAAUAGACGCAUAGUGAAUAAUGUGAUAUAUAUACGAGUGGUGUUCGAAGCUCGAUGCUGUUGCUUUGCCGUCUUGGCGUGGCGAUCUGAUUCGACAAGGGCUAGAGUUGAUGUCGGGAGGCCCUCGACGCACGCCAAUUGGUAUUUCCAAGAGUAUGUAGCUAGAAAGGAGAGACUAAGGGUGAUUGAAAUAAGAAAAAGCUGACUCGGAGUUCCGUAGCGGCGAGGUGGAAGCUGGAUGCGAUGACGAAGCAGGAAUUCCAAGGCAUGGAAAAUCGGCUGCC